AUGUCUGCAUUAACAGUAAAUUAUUCUUCCAAUAAUUGUUAUAGUAAUAUAGCUAAUGGAAAUACAUCAAUUGAAGGAACAAAUACAAUAGGAAGUAAUAUAAGAUCAACAAGGGGAGCAUCAAAGCAAAGAAGAGAUCAGAUAAAUGUUGAAAUUCAAAGAUUACGUGAUUUAUUGCCAUUAAGUUCAAGUAUUAAAGAAAGAUUAUUUCAAUUGCAGGUUAUGAGUUUAGCAUGUAUUUUUAUAAGAAAACAAAAAUAUUUACCACAUAUUGCUCGUAAAUUUGGAAUUAAUAGUAAUAUUAAUGGAGGAAAUAAUUAUAUAAAUGAUUCUGAAACUUCAAAAUACUCUUAUUAUACAAAUAAUAGUAAUAUUUCAUUGUUACCACAAAAAAUACAAGACAUAUCAAAAGCAUUGAAAGGAUUUUUAAUAAUGGUUACUAAAUCUGGAAAAUUAUUAUAUAUUUCAGAAAAUGCAUCUGAAUAUCUUGGACAUAGUGUUGAAGAAAUUAUGUGUCAAGGUGAUUCAUUAUAUGAUUUAAUUGAUAGUAGAGAUCAUUCUGCUGUUCAAGCAGAAUUAUUAAGUGGACCUGAAACAAAUCAUGAUAUUCAUUCCCAUAAACAAACAUUUUCUUCUACACCUGAUAAAGUUUUUCUUUGUAGAAUUAAUUUAUCAAGAACAGCCAAACGGCAUCUUCAAUAUCAUAAAUUUGUCCUUUUACAGGGACGAUAUAUGCAUUCACAGGAGUAUUAUGAUGCUACAAUUUCAAUGGUUCAGACAUUUGAUCAAAUUCAACCAAUAUUUGCUGCAUAUUGUCAUCCAUUAAUUAAUCCAGAGAAUGCUGAAAUUUUAUCUAAUGGUAGUACAAAUAUUUUUCGUGCUGUUCAAGAAAUGGAUAUGAAUUGGAAGGAGAUUGAUCAUAUUGGUAAAAGUUAUAUGAAUAUUGAUGAUUAUGAGUAUCUAAAUUCUAAAGAUGAAGAUUUUAAUUAUAAAAAAUUUUAUGAAAUGAUUCAUCCUGAUGAUGUGGUAAACGUUGCUAAUAGUCACCGUAACCUUGUAACAGAUAAAGAAGGUAGUUCAAUGUGUUUAUUUAGAUUAGAAAAACAAAAAAGUAAUGAAUAUUUUUGGGUUCAUGGAGUAUUUAUUAUAAAAAGUAGUUGUCCAACGACAUUUAAUUCACCUGACACCAGUGAUGAUGGACUAACACUACCUGAUAGUAAUAUUUUAAAUUCAAAUAAUAUUCAAUUAAAACACAUGAUACAUUCAACUUAUCAAAUUUUAAAUGAAUUAGAGGCUAAUACAUUAAGAGCAAAUUUAUGGAUAUAUUCAAUUAAACAUCAUAUUCCUAAAGAAUUAUGUUAUGUUAAGGAGGGUGAUCAUAAUUUAAAUACAUUUACUACUUCUUCCUGUUUAUCUCCAUCAUCUUCAUCUCAUAAAACUGGUAGGCAUUCAAGUAUCACAGGGACAGAAAUUGACUUAUCAUCACCAGAUAUUCAAUUAUAUUCGGGAAAUUUUGUUGAUCCAAAUAAUAAUGUUUAUAUGAGAUCAAUACCAACAAAUCAAAUACAGUCAAAUCAAGAAGCAAUAAAAGUUGAAAUUCCACAAACAUCAAUUGUACAUUCAAAAUAUUUAACAAAUGAAUAUUAUGGAAUUAAUAUAAAAAAUGAUCAUAAUAUUAAAAUGCCUCUUAAUUUAUUGACACCAGAACAUUCAAGUCCUGAUUCAAAUUGUAGUUUACCCUCUAAAAAUGAUCAAUUUAAAAAUAAUAUUAUAUAUCAACAUGUUAAUCAUAAUUUUUAUGAUAAUCAAAGUCAUUUAACUGGUGAUAACAAUCAACAAACAAUGAAUAUGGCAUUUUUUGAUACUGUAUCAAAUAUUGAGGGACCUUUACCUGAAUUAGGUGAUAAUUUAGAUGAAUAUUUUAAACAGGUAGAAUUUUCACCCUAUCGUACAGAUAAUAAAAAUCUUUCAAUUUCUCCUUUCAAUUCAAAUACUCAAAUAAGUAAUGAUACAAAAAAUAAUAAUAUAAAUCGAGGAAUGAUUAUGACACCACCUUCAACAUCAUCUACACCAUCAACAUUAUCAUCACCACAAAUGCAUAAAAUUAUUAAAUCUGAAUCAACAUUAUUAAAUGAUGAAUGGUGGAAAAAUAACAAAUCAACAAAUAAUGGUAGAUUUGCACCAUAUAAAAUUGAUAAAAAAUCAAAUAAUUUUGGGCAUCGUCAAAGACACAGUAUACAAAUUGGUAUAAGUGAAAAUGAUAAUAGUUAUAUUGCUAUGUGUAAUAAUAAUUUUUAUAAUUAUGGUAAUGAACAUAGACAAUAUGAAAAUCAAAUUUAUUAUACUUCAAAUAAUCAAUGGAAUACUGAAGGAAAUAAUAUAAAUACUAAUUUAGGAAAUCAAUCUUCAUUAAAUGAGAUACCUUUUAAUCAAGAUUCUUAUGGAAAUAUGUAUCCAUAUCAAACAAAUUAUACAUCAAAAUUAUUUCAAAGACGAUUAAGUGAUUGUAAUGGAUUAAAUAAUUAA